AUUAAUUUGGUCCAAGUCCGCAGAUAGCAAGGGAGAACACGCCAGACUCCGAGUCGGUUCAGACUGCGCACUUCACAGCUGAGACCCGGGACAGCUAUUUCGGUCUGACAUGGCAAGAAAACCAACUAACACAUCAGUGCAAACACCUGGCAAUGAAGAUCCAGAGACUAUCCGUUGCUUAACCACUCUUGGGCAUUUUGGGUUUGAAUGUUUGCCCACUCAGAUGGUGAACAAAUCGAUCCAGAAAGGAUUCUCUUUUAAUAUUCUCUGCGUGGGAGAAACUGGAAUUGGAAAGUCAACCCUGAUCAAUACACUGUUCAAUACGAAUCUGAAAGAGAACAAGUCCUCUCAUUUCUACUCGAAGGUUGGACUGAAGGUGAAGACAUAUGAACUUCUGGAAAGAAAUAUUCCACUGAAAUUGACCGUUGUGAAGACAGUUGGGUAUGGUGAUCAGAUAAACAAGGAAGCCAGCUACCAGCCAGUCGUUGACUAUCUAGAUGCUCAGUUUGAAGCUUACCUCCAGGAGGAGCUGAAGAUCAAGCGCUCCUUAGCUGACUAUCAUGAUUCUCGCAUCCAUGUCUGCCUUUACUUCAUCACCCCUACAGGGCAUUCCCUCAAGUCCCUGGAUGUGCUAACAAUGAAGAACAUUGACAGACGGGUGAAUAUUGUACCCCUGAUUGCCAAAGCUGACUCUCUCUCCAAGAGCGACCUACAGAGGUUCAAGAGCAACAUAAUGAGUGAGCUGAGAAGCAAUGGCAUCCACAUAUAUCAGUUCCAGGUGGAUGACGAAGCUACUGCUCAAGGGGACAGCUCGGACCUGCCCUUUGCUGUAGUAGGAAGUAUGGAGGAAGUCAAAGUUGGAAAAAGAAUGGUCAGAGGCCGCCACUACCCUUGGGGAGUUUUGCAAGUGGAAAAUGAAAACCACUGUGACUUUGUGAAGCUCCGGGAUUUGCUUCUGUCUACUAAUAUGGAAGACCUGAAAGAUCAAACCCACACUCAGCAUUAUGAAUGUUACAGGAGCAAUAGGCUGCAGAAGCUGGGCUUCAGUGAUAUGGGCCCAGACAACCGGCCAGUGAGUUUUCAAGAGAUGUAUGAAGCCAAGAGACAAGAGUUCCACGGUCAGUGUCAGAGGGAGGAGGAAGAACUCAAGCACUCGUUCAUGCAGCGCGUCAAGGAGAAGGAGCUGACCUUUAAGGAUACAGAGAAGGAGUUGCAGGAUAAGUUUGAGCACCUGAAGAGAAUCCAGCAAGAGGAGAUCCUGAGGCUGGAAGAAGAGAGGAGAAAAUUAGAAGAACAAAUCAUAGAUUUUUAUAAGAUGAAGGCUGCCUCUGAGUCAGCACAGGCUCAGGUGUGCAUCAACCUAAAGAAGGACAAAGAUCGUAAGAAGUAAUCUUCUCUUACCAUCCUGUCUGAUUUCAGAACACCAUUAUUCUCCAUUUAUAUACCCAUGAGCUUGUUUUCAUAGCACUUUGCUCUGACUGAAAUUCUCAUGUUUUCGAAAAUGACUCAGCACGUGUCAUUCUCCACAAGAGUGUCAAAUACUUGGGAGGAAGAUAGGUUAUUUUUAAACAAAAUUUCAAUUGUGGGAGGAAAAUAAGUUUUUUGGUUUAAACAAAAUUUCAAGUGUUCAAUUUUAACCAAUGAAGGCUCGGGAGCCAAUGCUGGGGUGAAAACCUGCUAUCUUAGAGGGGCAGGAGAGGGGAGAGAGGAGGGAGGGAGGAAGGGAGGAAGGGAAAGAAAGAGAGGGGGGAGGCAGAGGAGGAGGGAGGGAGGGAGAGAACCCAGCUGACCUCUCUCCUCAGAUGAAGUGACCCACAUUGAAUUCCCCUCUCUUAUGCCAUCUCAGAUAAUCUCCUUUCUACUUCCUGUGCAUCUCUCUAUCUAUCCUUCUGACUAUUUUUUUUCUCAAUAAUCCUAUGUUCACUUCUUGUCAACUGACUGCUUGCUCUACCUCUUGACCUAUGGUUGACUUUAUUUAAUCCUGUCUACAAUAUUUAACUAGAUUAAAGGUAUUUGCUAAGGCUGAGCCACACCACAACUAGAAACAGGCUUUCCUAUAAAUAACACAACCUUGAGUUCACAGUGUAAUCCAUUAUCCUAUAGUAUUUCCCCAUUUUUGUCUAAAAAGGAAAGGUUUUAACUCCAGCACAGUAAAACUGUUAACAACAAUGAAGCUAUUUCUGCUAAGCUUUCUACUAGCUUGGUUGUCUUUGGCAAUAUUAGGCUUACAUAUUUUUUUUAGUUCAACGCUCUGUAAAAUGUUUUUGUCAGUCUCCUAUGAACUCAGCAGCUUGAACAUCCUAGUAGUUUGUGGUCUGAAGCUGAUCUUUGGGUGGUGCUUGUCAAAUUAAUGGCCAUCCUGAUUAGGUAGAACACAGCAGUCAAGCCCAAAGGUGUCCACUCUUUGCACAUCAGUAGCAAGAAGCUCUCCUGGGACAAAGCCCCCGGUGGUGUCCCUUUCCAGGGUAUACCCAUCAUAACUAAGCAAGAUGGUGGCUGUCUUCAAGCUCAGUUGUCCGCUGCAGCCUUGCCUGCACGGAGUCCACCACAACACUAACUCUAGUCGGGUGGGUGGUGGUUUCCUUUUCUGGCAGGCUAUAUCUUUUCUAGGGCAGAAUGUUUUUGGCAACAGAGAAGACAUCUUUCAAUUGAAAUUAAACUCUUGAAAAUUUGAAACUGAAUAUACCUUAGUAUGAGUUGAUAAAUAUACCUAUAUUCCCCCUUUCUCUUUGUAUAUUGAUUCGAGGUUUAAGUGCAUUUAUUUUUAGGUCACAAAGGACAUUCACUUUAAAUUUCAGCCUGCAUUUUGCAAGCUCCUUUUAAAUUAAAAUCACUGUAGUUCUUAUGUGCCUGCCUCUCAAGUGUUGGGAUUGAAGGGGUGAACCACCACCUGGCUGUGGAUUCCUAAUAAUAGUCAUUCUCAUAGGGUUGUCCUGGUUGAGUUUGUUUCUCCAUUUCCCCUUAUUUUUAGUGUUAAGCAUAAACUUUCAAGGUUUUUGACAGUAUAAUCCACCAUUCUUGCUGAUUUAUUCUGAAUUUGUUCUCUAGCAAAUUCAACAUUCUAGUCUUAAACAUGAUGCCAAUUUAUCCACUACUUUAUUUUUUCAGAUGUUUUGUCUGUCUUGCCUAUAUGAGCUACAUUAAACUUAAUGUUUUUGCUAAGUUUUGAUAGGCUUUCCAUUUUCAUUCAUAUCUCCCAUGGUCAGAUAUCCUUGCCAUUUAUCUGACAGUUAGUGGUUUUCCAUUUUGAUGACCGUACAUGUAGACUAUUGCACAAACACCAUCAAUUGGAUAGGAUUGUGUGGUAUACCUGUAAUAUUCUUUAUGUUGUAAUAUGCAAAAAUAUUUCAUUUUAUUAGAGACACAUGCUGGAGCAUUGUCAGUUUAAUCUGUACAGGUAUCCCUAUAAUAUCCACAACUUCUAAUUAAUGUAUAAUCAAAGAAUCAGCCUUUUUAUAACUUAAAGCAGUUGCAUAUUGAAAUCCUGAAUAUGUACCUAUGGUAUGGUACACAUACUUUAAGUUUCCAAACUCUGAAAAAUGAAACAAAUCUAUUUGCCAAAUUUUAUUUCUUUGGGUAACUUUUGGAUUACUUCCCACAGGUAAUAGAGUUUGGUUAUACAAAGAAUAAUUAGGACACUUACUUAUAACUUCUUAGCUUGUUCCCAAGUGAUAGACAAAUCUUUCUUCAAACUUUUGCUGUUAAAAUGUGUCUUAUAAAAUUCUGAGGCUUCUAGCAUAUUUCCUAGGAUCAAUCUCAUCAUUGCCUUGUGCUAGGGGCCUCAUAGACCCAUAUGGGAUCUGAUAUGUGUUGUAUACAACAGAUGAUUUCAAUUUCUGAUUACUUUUUAUUGAAUAAAUACAGAAGUUAAUUUUGAAUCAUCUGGAGUAAGUUCCAAGGUUUCAAUAUGUAAAAUAAUGCUUUCUGGCAUAUUGAGAGUCAGUAACUAUAGUGAGAGAUUCAAGAAAAUCUAGUAAUACCAUAUGGCAUUUUACUUAUUAUUCUUGACUUAUAACCUGCCUUUUCUGAUUUAUUUACAUCAGUAUAGGGUGUAUGGACUUCAAAAAUUGCUUUUACUAUAUGAGGUAGAACCCAGUUAUUUUUAUAAACUGAAGUCUCAUGUUUUGGGGAUAUUUGUUGUUAAUAUCUCCAAAAAAGUUGUUGCAAGCUCUUUGUCAAUGUUUAUUUUCUGCCAGUAAUGAUGCAAUUUCAAUACCAGUAAGUGGUACCAUAAUUUCUGCUGGAUCUAAUCCUGGUAAUUGACCGAGUCUCAUUUUUCCUUUCAGAAUUAAUUCAGAAAUCUUUUCUACAUAGGUCUUCAAUUUUUUUAACUCUCUGUGUUAAAAGUAUCCAUUCUAAAAUAUUAUUUUAUCUCUGCAUAAUAAUUCUUGUGGGAGGCAAAAUAACUAAAAUACAAUUAAGCUUUGGAUCCAAGUGAUUCUCCUGUGCCUCCUCUAAUCUCUUUUCUACCAGAGCCAAUCUCUCUCUCUCUCAGCCCCAGCUGAUAAUUUCUCUGGAUUACUUAAGUCCUUAUCAUCUUGUAAGGUUUGAAAUAAAUUACUUAGUUCUUGAGUAGUUGAUCCAGCGAUUAGCUAUAGUCAGUUAAUAUCUCCCAGCAACAUUAAGAGUUCAUAAUAGAUCUCUCCUGAUUUGUACUUUCUGUGGUUGCAUUUUCUGUGAACAUAUCUUAUGUCCUAGAUAAUUUAACAGAAUCUCCUCUUUGCAUUUUUUUCAGGAGCAAUUUUCAUCCCUGGCAAGGCAAAAUUCUCUUUACUUCAUCAAACAUUUUUCAUUAAGGUAUCUACAUCUGGAGCAGCCAGUAAGAUACCAUCUAUAUACUGAUAAAUUUUAGACUGAGGAAACUGCUUGCAAAUUAUUUCUAAUGGCUGUUGCACAAAAUAUUGACAGUGCUGGACUAUUUAACAUCCCUUGUGGAAGUGUUACGAGUGAUAGUUUUUAACAGGUUGAACAUUAUUAUAAAUUGGCACUGUGAAGGCAAAUUUUUCUUUUUCUUGUAAAGAUAUAGUAAAAAAAAAUCUUUUAAAUAAAUCAUUAUAAUGGACUAUCUCUUAGGUAAUAAAGAAGGCGAGGGAAUUCUAGGCUGAAAAGAGCCCUUUGGUUGAAUUACCUUAUUUAUGGCUCUUAAAUAUGUUAACAUUCUCCUUGUUUUAGAUUUCUUUUUAAUGACAAAUAUAGGAGAAUUCCAAGGAUGGGUAGAUUCUUCAAUACGUCGAACAUUUUGCUGCUCCUGUAGCAGCAACCCUAGUGCCUUUACUUCCCCUGAAGUCAAAGGCCAUUGUUCCACUUACACAGGUAUAUCAGCUAAUCAUUUUAGAGGUAGGACAGUUGAUACUUUUGAAAGACCAACACCUGUUGUGUCCUGCUUAUGUACAAUCUGAAAUGGUCUGUACUGUUUUUGAGAAUACAUUUUAACAUUUUUCUCAGAAGCAUUCUUUAUGAUUUGUUUCUGAGGUUGGAGAAAUGUUAAUGUGUGUUUUUCAUUGGUGCAAUGAAUCACAUCCCUAUAGAUUUAUAGCUAUAUUAGGCACAUAUUAGUUUUUCUAUUUGUCCUUUUGGCCAUACGCACUCGACCCACCUUGCACUUUGUUUUUACCUGAGAUAAAGUUCUCAUCCCUAGAAGCUAAAUAUUUACCUUCUGAAGAGGCCAAUCUGGAUACCAAGAUUUGGUGAAAUUAUUGUUACAUCUGCUCCUGUGUCUACUAAACCUUCAGUUUCAAUACUAUUUACUUGUAUUUUUAGCUUUGGUUUUUGAUCAUUUAUAGUCAUUUGCCAAAAUACUUGGUUUCUGGUCUGUCCUAACUUUUUUGUUUUAUCUACUGAAGCUGUUCUGUCCUUAAUUACACCCAGAGCAGUGUUGUUUUUAAACAACAGUCAUUAAAUCUUUUAAUUGCUCUGUGGAUGAAUUUAUCUUGUGCUAACAGGGAAUGAUUGAAUCACGUUUGAUAUUGGAACCUGUGGGAGGCCCCCUAAAGCAUUUCCCAAUAGCAAACGGUCACCUUGUCUAUCCCUUCUUAAUAAGCGCUAAUUAGCCCAGUGCUGGCCUUUGCUACAGCUUCUGUAUAUUCCAGAAGGCUGGGGCCUUCUUUUUGUAUUAUUCCUAGAAAAAAAAAUUGUUUCUAGGAGUGCCAUACCUACAAUUCCUUUUCAAAUGACUUUGCUUACCACAAUGAAAACACCUGACAUUCUGUUUUUUUCUUAAAACUUUAGAAAUUACUUCUCCUAUCAGAGUAGCUUGUAAGAUUCAAUAUCAGCCAUAUCUCUAAUCCAUUCAUCUGUUGGUGCUGAUAUUGUCUUUAAAGGCCUACUCAUCCUUUUGUAUUCUGAUUAUCAUUUUCAAAAGCCAAAGAUGUGAUUAGUAUUUGUCUCACUUCGGAAUCUGAUACUAUUCUAUUUACAGCUCAAGUCAAUCUUUGCAAUAAAUCAAUUGAAGGCUUCUUUUGGGCCUUGUAUAAUUUUAGAAAAGGACUCAGACUUUUCUGAUUCUUCAACCUUAUUCCAAGUAUUUAAAGCUGCUAAACAA